AUGGCCCGUGGCGAUGGCGAUGAUGGUGGUAUUGGUAGCCAUGGUGGUGGUGUCGAUGAUGAUAAUGAUGAUGAUGGUGGUGGUGUUGAUAGUGCACAUGCGGGAAUGAUUUUUUUUCGCAGCCGUGGAUCGAGGCCAUGGCUGGGGGAGGCCUUGCGGCGCGCUGCACCUGCACUACGCUGGGCUACGCUGGGCUGGGCUGCUCUACUGGCAGUGUUGCAGUUGCAACAAGCGGGGGUGGCUAGCGCACUUGGAUCCGGCCUCGCUCCGCCCACACCGGAACAAGUCGCGUUCCGGGCGAGUGCGAGGAGGGCAGUGUCGGAGAGGCAGGCCGACGAGAAUGGCACAGGAACGCUGGGCUGUCCACACGACCACAGCCGGCCCCCUCAUCUCAACCCAGCUGAGGGCAAGCGACGAGGGUGUCACGUCAGAAACCGCCGUCCCGCGCUACUCUGGCACGGAGCGUUGGAGAGCAGACGCGUCCAUGGCGGCUGCGAAAAGGGGACGCCGUGUGUCGCAGCAGCUGGGCCCCGUCUUGGUCGUCGCCGUGUUGUAGCGCAUUCCAGCGCACUUGGUUGCGUAGGGAAGCAGGGAGGCAGGGAGACAGGGAGCCAGGUGGGCGGCAAACGGCAAACGGCAGACUGGAACCAGCAGCAAUAA